AUGAUUUCCAUCCCUCCAAAUCCCUCUGCUGCUUUUGAUUCCCAAUCUCCAUCUCGAGUCAAUGUACCUGACAUCGACCUGGAGGCACAUAUUCUCUCGGCAGAUGAUUCAGUUGAGUCAGCAACUAAUUUUUCCAAUGAUAUAGUAUAUCCCGCUGCUCUUCCUAGAAAUAGCAUGUGGGUAACGCUCCAAGAUGAAGAAUAUUUGACGGUAAAUGGCACUACACCCGCAGUACUUGAAAAAGACCUGUCUAGAUCCAGGACAGAAGACGAAGUCAUGUCGCUGGGCGGGAGAGCGUCCAUCAAUGCUAAACCGCAUGAAGUCUCUGAGGUCGCCAACCACGUAGAGGGGGGGUUGUCAUUGCUGCAUCUUUCUUCCACCUCAAAGCGUGGGGCUCCAGGCCAACCCUCAACGUCACGAGAUAAAGUCCCAGAAACAUUCAUCAAGGAAGAUAUGCAAAGAGUGUGGUCAGACUGCGCCAAGCAAGUCUGGGAGCAGCAGAGAGAGAUCAUCGACAGGUGGAAGGAUGAAUUGAAUACGCUCCUAAUUUUUGCCGGUCUGUUCUCAGCUGUCCUCACCUCGUUCGUAAUUGAGUACUAUUCCACUCUUCAACCAUCGACCUUCGGCACUCCCCAAAUUCUCGUCGUCAUCUCUGCACUGCCGGAAGUCUUCAUCGCCACUGCUGAUCAUCAUAAUUUGCUCUUUCCGUCGAUGUCCGCUCUGGUCAAUUCGUCCUCGGCGACGCAGGCCUCGUCUCAGGCCAUCGCUGUCAACGGGCUCUGGUUCGCUGCGCUUGUCUUCAGUCUUGGCGCAGCAUCCCUCGCCAUAUCUGUCAACCAGUGGUUAAACCAUCACCGGACGCGGCCGUUGAGCAUGUCUCGAGAGAGCGCAGAGAUCUGGUACCUGCGACAUCGGAGCCUUGACCGAUGGAAGGUUCCUCUAAUCAUCAGCGUCCUUCCGGUUCUUCUACAAGUCUCGCUAGCUCUAUUUCUCGUUGGGCUGGUCAUUCAGUUAUGGUCACUGAAUGCUUGCAUAUCUACCGUUGUCUGUGGUCUCGUUUCGCUGCUGUUGUUGGGUACCAUUGGCACUGCAUUCAUUCCCGCUCUUGUGCCUGACUGUGCCUACAAGUCUCCGCAGGCAUGGUAG